CUCCUCCGCCCCUCUUACCCGGAAGUGCCGCCGCAGCCCCGCCAUGUCGCGCGCCACCAAGCGGAAGCACGUGGUGCGCGAGCUGCUGGAGGAGCGCGUGCAGCCCGCGGAGGGACAGAGCGUGGUCAGGGUGUUGGGGACACCGGGGAACAACCUGCACGAGGUGGAGACGGCGGAGGGGACGCGGUUCCUGGCCAGCAUGCCACCGCGCUUCCGGCGCCACAUCUGGAUCAAGAGAGGUGAUUUCCUGCUCGUUGAUCCCAUCCAGGAGGGCUCCAAGGUCAAAGCUGAGAUUUCCCUGGUGCUGCUCCCGCCCCACGUGCGCUCGCUGCAGCGCCAGGGGCUCUGGCCCGAGGCCUUCGCCCCCCUGGAGAGGAAAAACCCCCGGGAAGGGGACGGCCCCGAGGGGCUCUUUGUGAACACGAACCGGGGGGGGACCCCUGGGGACAGCGGGGACAGCGAUGGGGACAGCGGGGACAGCGAUGGGGACACUGAGGAGGACACCGAGGACAGCGAUGGGGACAACGAGGACAGCGAUGGGGACAAUGAGGAGGACACUGAGGACAGCGCUGGGGACAAUGGGGACAAUGAGGACGGCGCUGGGGACAAUGAGGACAAUGAGGACGGCGCUGGGGACAAUGAGGACGACACUGGGGACAGCGAGGAGGACACCGGGGACAUCGAGGGACAUGGUGGGGACACAAAGGACACCGGGGACAGGGACAGGGGGGACCCCCCCCAAUAAAGGCCCCUGGUGGCACUGGG